CCGGCGCCGCCGUCUCCCCACUAGCCACCGCCUCACCUCCAUGCCGACGCGGCCGCCUUCUCCUCCCACAUGACGGUCGCCGCUGCCUCCACACCAUCACGGUGGCGCGUCGCUAGGCCACCCUUGCCUCGGACGCGGCCGCCUCCUCCUCUAUGCCGUCGCCUCAUCCUCUACGCCGUCGCCAGGACGUCGCUGCCUCGGACACCACCGCCUCCUCCUCUACUCCGUCGGCAGGCCGCCGGCGCCUCCCCACGCUGGCAGCGCAGGACCCAAGACCCCCGGUUCAUUCAGUCUUACAUGACAACACCUGGAAAGAAAUUUGCGCGGCAAAUCAAGGAGAGACUGCAAACAGCCUACAGAGAAGUUGAAUUGCACAUCCUGCAAAACAAUGAAGCUUAUCAGCAAGUUCUUGAUGAUGAGAUAUCGCCAUCUCCUUUCUCGACGGCGGGAUUUUUCAGCAAGAUGUCAUUUUGGUGGUUGAACCCCUUGGUUAGGAAAGGUUACGAGAAGCCUCUUGAAGAGAAAGACAUACCGGCUUUGGAUGUUGCGGACGAAGCAGGCACCCAGUUCUCCAUGUUCGUUGCCAAAACCAAAUCCAAGAAAUCGUCUCUCUUGUGGUCAAUUGUUUCGUGUUACACAAGGGAAAUUAUAGUUUCUGGUUGUUUUGCGUUGCUGAAGGUGCUCACUCUAUCUGCUGGUCCAUUGCUCAUAAAGGAAUUUAUAAAUGUAUCAUCAGGAAGAGAAGCUUUCAAGCACGAAGGUUACAUCAUAGCUCUUGGACUUCUUUUCUCCAAAUGCAUAGAGUCGUUAGCCCAAAGACAGUGGUAUUUUCACUCGAGAAGGGUGGGUAUCCAAGUGAAGUCACUCUUAGCAGCUAUUAUUUAUCAAAAGCAACAAAAAUUGUCACGUUUUGCCAGAACAAAACAUUCUUCUGGAGAGAUAAUGAACUAUCUUAUGGUGGACACUUAUAGGGUUGGGGAAUUUCCGUUCUGGUUCCAUCGGAUUUGGACUAGUGGACUCCAACUUACAAUUGCCUUGACAGUACUGUACAACUCUGUUGGUGUUGCAACAAUAGCAUCUGUGUUUGUUAUAGUACUAACUGUUAUAUUGAAUGUCCCUCUAGCCAAGCAACAGCAACACUUCCAUAGUAAACUUAUGGAAACUCAAGAUCUGAGGCUGAAAACGAUGUCUGAGUCUUUCACAAACAUGAAGAUCUUGAAACUCUAUGCAUGGGAGAACCAUUUCAAGGGUGUCGUACAGCAUUUUAGGGAGUUGGAGCUAAAAUGGUUGUCAGCAUUUCAGCUGGGAAAAGCAUAUACGAGUGUUCUCUUCUGGGCGUCACCUGCACUUGUUUCAGCUACAACAUUCAUAGCAUGUUACUUUCUGGGAAUCCCACUUGAUCCCACCAAUGUAUUUACCUUCGUAGCUACACUGCGCCUUGUUCAGGAGCCUAUCAAUUAUAUUCCAAACGUAAUUGGAUCUUUAAUUCAAGCAAGAAUUGCCUUCUCUCGGAUAAGCGAAUUUCUAGGUGCAUUUGAGCUAGAAAAGGACCAAGUUUGGAUGGAGUCUUGUGCACACAACCCGUAUCCUGUAGUAAUCAAAUCUGGUUGUUUCACAUGGAGCAGCUCUGAAUGUUCUAGUCUGAGGAAUAUUAAUUUGGUUGUGAAAGCAGGAACAAAGGUAGCAAUUUGUGGUGAGGUUGGCUCAGGAAAAUCAUCUCUUUUUGCAGCUAUUCUGGGAGAAAUGCCUAGGAUCAAUGGAAUGGUCCAAGUUUGUGGGAAAAUAGCAUAUGUUUCUCAGAAUGCAUGGAUACAAACAGCAUCCGUGCAGGACAACAUACUUUUUGGGUCUCCCAUGGAUAGGCCAAGAUAUGAAGAGACUCUUAAACGGUGUUCGCUUGUCUAUGACCUCGAAAACUUGCCGUUUGGUGACCAAACUCAAGUUGGGGAAAGAGGAGUGAACCUUAGUGGGGGACAGAAGCAACGCAUUCAACUAGCUCGUGCACUGUAUCACGACGCGGAUGUUUAUCUUUUAGAUGACCCUUUCAGCUCAGUUGAUGCACAUACUGCUAAAAAUCUCUUUAACGAAUAUGUGAUGGGGGCUCUAUCAGAAAAGACUGUUCUGUUGAUAACUCAUCAAGUGGAGUUCUUACAUGCAUUUGAUUCUAUUGUAUUAAUGUCCCAUGGACAAAUUAUGCAUGCUGCUUCAUACCAAGAACUGCUAUCAUCUAUUGAGGAAUUCCAGAACCUUGUGAAUGCACAUGAAGGCACUGCCGACUUUCAAAAUAUUAAUGUCCUGGAUUGUAACAGGGAUAAAAACCUGUUCAAAAUGGAUACUAGUGUUGUUCAUACUAAGGGAAAGGAGUCCAUAAAGACAUCAGAAUUUGGUCAACUAAUUAGGAGAGAGGAGAGGGAAAUUGGCGAGACUGGUCUGAAGCCUUAUUUAAUGUAUUUGGGGCAGAAUAAGGGCUACAUAUGUGCAAUUCUUAUAGCAAUAACUAAUAUUAUCUUCACAUCUGGGCAAUUGGCAGGCAACUCAUGGCUUGCAUCCAAUGUUCAAAAUCCGGAUGUAAGCACAUUGAUUCUGGUUCUGGUGUAUACAACUAUUGGCAUCAUCUCAAUCAUAUUCUUACUGUUCAGAGCUUUGUUAGCAGUUGCUCUUAAUCUCCAGACAUCUAGAUCUUUAUUUUCCCAACUACUUGAUGCCCUAUUCCAUGCACCCAUAUCUUUCUUUUAUUCUACUCCACUUGGAAGGAUACUUGCUCGUGUAUCUUCUGACUUGAGUGUAAUCGAUCUUGAUCUUCCAUUGACUAUAUCUUUCACUAUUAGUGCCACAUUAAAUGCAUACAUCAAUUUGGGUGUUUUAUGUUUCUUUACCUGGCCUAUUUUCUUUGUGGUUGCACCUGUGAUCAUUAUGGCUGUGAAACUGCAGAGGUACUACUUAGCCUCUUCGAAGGAGUUGACAAGGAUCGAUGGCACUACAAAAUCACUUAUUGCCAAUCACCUGGAUGAAUCAGUUUCAGGAGCAACUACAAUAAGAGCCUUUAAGCAAGAAGAUUGUUUUUUUGCUAAAUUUUUGGAGCUUGUUGACAAUAAUGCAAGCACAUCGUUUCAUUGUUUUGCUGCAACUGAAUGGUUGACUCAACGCUUGGAGAUAAUGGGUGCUGCUAUUCUUUUAUCAUCUUGUUUUGUCAUUACCAUUACUCCAGGAACAUUUAGUUCUGGUGUUGUAGGGAUGGUGCUGUCUUAUGGUCUUUCACUAAACAUGUUAUUCCUUUUCUCCAUUCAAAAUCAGUGUUCCCUUGCAAACCAAAUAAUCUCUGUUGAAAGGAUAAGACAAUACAUGGAUAUUGUGAGGGAGGAACCCGAUACUGUUGAAGACAAUCAAUUACCAGUUGAUUGGCCCUCAGUUGGUAAGAUAGAAUUUGAAGAUUUGGAGGUUAAAUAUAAUCAAGAUGAUUGUCCAGUAAUACAAGGAAUUAAUUGCACAUUUCAAGGUGGGGAUAAAAUUGGGAUAGUUGGUCGAACAGGAAGCGGGAAGACAACUUUGAUAAAUGCAGUUUUUCGUCUUGUCGAGCCUUCUGGAGGAAAGAUAAUCAUUGAUGGCCAAGACAUUACAAAAAUGUGCUUACGUGACUUACGAUCCCGAAUUGGUAUUAUCCCUCAAGACCCUAUACUUUUUGAUGGUUCGGUGAGAUACAAUUUGGAUCCUCAAGGGUGUUUCUCUGAUGAACAAAUCUGGGAGGUUCUAGGCAAAUGUCAACUUCUUGAAGCAAUUAAAGAGAAGCAAGGAUUGGAUUCACUUGGAGGUUCAAACUGGAGCAUGGGCCAAAGGCAGUUGCUUUGCUUGGGCCGUGCCCUAUUGUGCAGAAGCCGCAUCUUGAUCCUUGACGAAGCAACAGCAUCAAUGGAUAAUUCAACUGAUGCUGUCAUCCAGAAAACCAUCAGGACAGAAUUCAAAGACAGAACAGUCAUCACAAUUGCACAUCGGAUUCCAACAGUGAUGGACUGCAACAGGGUACUUGUUAUUAAUGAUGGGAAAAUAGUCGAGUACGAUCAGCCCCAAAAACUGAUGGAGAUUGAAGGAUCCCUUUUUAAUCAACUCCUCAAUGAAUACAGACGGCAAAUAUCAAGACCAGGCGUGUAGACUACAUCCUGAUGAAAUGUUAAAACUAUUAAUACAAGUUGCUCAUUAAUGUAGGGACGUGCUGUAUGUGGGGUCUCCAGGACCCCAAGUUAUUAUAUAUCAUCUUGAACCUAGUUUCUAUUAUAUGAUACAAAAUUACUAUUUUAUGUUAAAGAACUUUUGUCAUCA